AAUACAUAUACACAAUUAACAAGAAAGUCAAAGCGAGGAGCAGGUUGGAAACUGCCACCGGAAGGGGCACAACGCCUAUCUACUCUUCAGAAGGGAGGUGACAGCAAUACAGAAAUGGAAGAUAGGAAGGAGGGGAGGAAAGAGGAAAGGAAGAGCAACAUGACAAAUCUAAAGACUAAAGUAGAACACAGUACAGAUCACACACAGUAGGGCCGGUCACUGAAGGUCACGCUACUACAGAACGUUGAAUAGAAUAGUUUCGACGCUACAAACGUAAACCUAAGUUAGUUAACUUUAGAAAAGUAAGUAGGGCACGAUGAGCCUGAUCACGUUUAGACGCACAACCACUGGGGUACAAACAUUCGUGGAGUGCCGUACACCGCAGACCAAGGAGAUGAUAGUUUCUCACUAGCGACAUGCGCUGCGCACUGAAAGCGGGACACUCAAAUAUAAGGUGCUGAAGUGUCUCGCAGCAGCCACAAGACGUACACAAUGGACUUUCCACACGUCUUUGUCUGUACAAACGUUCGUGCACGUUCACGCAGCCAACCCUAAGCUUAAGUAGUUGUGCUCUAGCACGACGAGGCAAGCCUCGACCUCAAACUCGGGAUGGGAUAGUUCCAUUUGCGACGCACUGGUCUGGAUGCUGCUUAAGUAGGUGGCGACGAAUCAGCAGACGAGCGUCAUCAAGCUUCCACAAAAUUUCUGGGUAGUCACAGUUGUUAUGAGCGCAAGUUGAAGCGAGCCAAUCAGCCUCUUCAUUUCCGGCGAUUCCUACGUGUGAUUCCAUUGAGCAACGAGAUAUACCCCACGUGAUGAAAUUUUGCUCGCAGAGUCAGUAAUGCAUGCGCACAAGUGAACAAUCAAUCUCAUUGCGUUGUAACCUGCUAAGGGCAGCACGGGAGUCCGUAACGAUGGCAACCUUAGAUGUAGUUAACUCCUCUUGCACCUAUUUCAGUGCAACAUCAAUUGCUGCUAGUUCCGCAGUUGUUGACGAUGUUGGAUGAGGUAUUUGAAAGAUACGCCGUACUUGAGUUGAAGGGCAGAAAAAGCUGCAGAGGUGGCUUGACCGUCGCUGUAUACAGAUGCAUCUGUGAAUACUUGAAGAUAAUCUGGAAACUUUUCGAACAUGUGAGAUUGAGCCAAUUGGAAUAUUGCCGAAGCAGGCAUAUCAGACUUUUUGUGCAUGUCAGGGAUUGUGAGGUAAAUGGGGAAUACGUGUUUCGUGAAGUCUUUUGGACUCGGAGGCGUAUCUGAAGGAGCAUCUUCAGAAAUGUCAGUGAUAAUCAUAAAUAAUGCCGCCAUUUUUACCAUACGGGACAACGGGCGGUGAAUGAGACGAUCAAGGAGCGAUUUACCAUUUGAUGCCCGGUGCAGACGCUCAAUAUGAUAUAGAGCUCUCUGGUCUGCUUGCAGCUUCAGGGGUAACUGAUGUGCUUCAGUGAGUAAUGCAAUAAAUUGCGCCUCACAAGCUAAUCCAAGCGUUAGUCGAAGGGCAACGCUAGAUUUUUUUGUGUGGCUCGGCGACUGCGCAUCUGCACAGCUCGCUAAACCUUUUGCUCUUGCAAUGCAGAUCAUCACCUUCGCUACUCUGCAUUUCCUGCUGCCUACGAUAACCGCUGCUGCUACGUCAGCUUCGUCGAGGUGCGUGGUCGACUGCCAAGGAAACGAGCCAGCCAACAUCCAGGUUUUCCGUACCAGCGAUGCGUCAUACCCGGACAUCCAACAGAAGAAGUGGCGGCCGGUGGUCCUCAGUCGGGGGUGGCAAUCCCCAUCGUCAGCAACAGCAACGCAGUCACCAGAUACAUAAUCUGGGGGCGGCCGUCGACAAAGCUUUGUGGGCUCGGCGACUGCGCAUCUGCACAGCUCGCUAAACCUUUUGCUCUUGCAAUGCAGAUCAUCACCUUCGCUACUGUGCAUUUCCUGCUGCCUACGAUAACCGCUGCUGCUACGUCAGCUUCGUCGAGGUGCGUGGUCGACUGCCAAGGAAACGAGCCAGCCAACAUCCAGGUUUUCCGUACCAGCGAUGCGUCAUACCCGGACAUCCAACAUAAGUGGCGGCCGGUGGUCCUCAGUCGGGGGUGGCAAUUCCCAUCGUCAGCAACAGCAACGCAGUCACCAGAUAUAAACUGGGGGCGGCCGUCGACACAACUUUGUGGGCUCGGCGACUGCGCAUCUGCACAGCUCGCUAAACCUUUUGCUCUUGCAAUGCAGGUUAGUCAACCAUACGCUCUCUUUGCUAAAAAAUCUAGCAAUUAUUUCCUGAUGCUGUUGCCGAGCCCGCACUGCUGUGCCGCCAUUGCUGUCGAAUGUGCUCAUAUUAUUCAUGCCUUGCUGAUUUUGGCCGGUGAUGUGGAAAUAAACCCGGGUCCUAAUAUUCCUGAAAACCUACUAACCGAAUUGCGAAAACUAACCGCCGGUCAGAAACAGCUGAUCACUGAAAUUCAUGGUCUUAAGUCGCAACUUACUUCUACCGAUAAAGCAAUUACUGAUCUAAGCAAACGAAUGAAUGAUCUUGAGAGUCACUACCAGACGCUUUUGCCCAUUCGAAACGAAGUGGAUGCAAUGCGCACCACGACUGAACAGGCUAUUUUUCGCAUUUCCGAGCUCGAAGCACGUAUCGACGAUGCCGAAAAUCGCUCACGGCGGGACAACCUAAUUUUUUACGGCAUUCCUGACCCUUCCAGCUCGGAAACCACUGCCGACUCCGAAAGAUUGAUUGUGGAACUUUGCCGCGAUAGGUUGCAACUAACCAUCGACCCUAAAGAAAUAGAACGUGCACAUCGCAUCGGUCGUCACUCCCCCAAUCACUCUCGCCCCCUCAUAGCAAAAUUUACUUUCCAUAAAACCAAAGUUAACAUCCUUUCGAGUGGCCGAAAGCUUAAGGGCACUGACUACAGUAUUAGCGAGGACUUUUCGCGAUCAGUACGAAAUUCCCGAAAACAUCUCGUUGCUUUCGCAAAAGGUAAAAGCGUUCCGUUUUCACUCCGCUUUAAGACUUUGUUCAUCGGUUCAAGAAGAUACACCUUUGAUGCCGCCUCGAGUAGUGUCAAAGAGUUGUCAUAGCAGCUACAUCACCCCAAACAGAAAAAUAAAUAACACCGACUUGCUCCACAGAUAGCGCUUCGCUUUCUGUAAUAUACACGAACGUGCGCAGUUUCCUCCCAAAGCGUGAAUUGGUGUCGAAUAUAGUUUCAUCUACCGGUAGCAACAUACUAUUACUAACUGAGACAUGGCUGAGCAGCGCCAUUACUGAUAGCGAAGUUCUAGCCGACCUGCCCGGUUUCUGCCUCUAUCGGAACGACCGCGCAGGAACCCGUGGUGGUGGUGUGCUAGUCGCUGUUCGUGAGCAGUUGCCAUGCUCGCUAAUUAACGUCACAUCAGAUCUUGAGAUGUUAUGGGUCAUAAUGCAUACCUAUCCAAAAAAAAGUGCUACUUGGUAUCUGU